ACAAGAAAGGCCCGGUUCAUAAACAUUAUCCAGCAAAGAACACCUCUGCCUCAAACACUAAGCUAUCGGUUUGCAGUUGAAGAUUACACACGACAUCAAUGGAACGAGCCUUACAGAUGCAGAUUCAACGCGCCGCGGCAUGGAACCUGAGCGGCGAAACUACUUCGAGGAGUAAAAUGAGGACCUCUUUUAUCGAAGCAAAUUCCGUAGGUGCCGUUCAGUUCUCCCAUCCCUCCGAACGCCUCAAACUGCACAAGACGAAGAACCAUCUGAAGAACAUAGAGAAGAUAUUUGCAAUCAGGCGGAGACGGGCCUAUCAGCGCACCGAGACUUACGUGCUACUGGAACCGGGACAAGAAGAGAGAUUCGUGUCCGAAGAAGAGCUAAAGGCCAAGCUCAAAGAUUGGCUGGAGAACUGGCCACGCAAAUCUCUCCCUCCUGACCUCGCUCAAUACGAAACUCUUGACGAUGCCGUCUCCUACCUUGUGAGCUCUGUCUGUGAGCUCGAAAUAGAUGGCGAUGUGGGCUCAAUCCAAUGGUACGAGGUCCGCCUAGAGUGACCGAAGCAAUGGCCAGAACAUAAAUUAGUGUGCUCCGCUGUAUUUCUCAGAUACACAAAGUACUUGUAUCGGUCUGCGGUGAAUUACUUUGAUACUUCAUCGAAUGGAAGAAGUCAAUCGGAGCGACAUUAAAUAAGAAGCCAUUUGCAUUG